CGUCGUUCGCCGUCGUUUCCUCGCGCCCUCCCCCGACCCGAUUCGCUCCUUCCUCCACCUCGUCUUUGCUCGAACCUCUUCGUCCGCCUCGACAUGUUCGCGUCGCCCUCGUCCCUCCUCACCUCGGCCUUUGCGCUCCUCGCCCUCUCGUCGGCCGCCUCUGCCAAGUCGGCGGACGGCGUCUUUGACGGCGGCAAGGGCGCGCAGAGCAAGAUCGACUACCAGCCGCCGUUCACGGCGCCCAAGGGUGGCGAGGUGUUCAUCGCCGGGCAGCAGUACACCGCGUCGUGGAACCAGGAGAUCCCGAGCGACGUCCCGGCGGGCAACAUCAGCAAGACGGCCGACCUCGUCCUCGGGUACGACGACGAGGGCUCGACGUCGCUCCACCUCAACUGGACCCUCGCGAGCGACCUCGCGCUGUACGCGCCUGCGCCCGACUCGGUCACGUUCGUGAUCCCGGACGACGUUCCCUCGCGCGACACCUACUUCCUCGUCCUCCUCGGCUCGACGCGCAACCAGUCGCCCCGCUUCUCGGUCGUCGGCAACAUCCUCCCCUCGCAGUCGACCGGCUCGGAGCCGUUCCCGCUGUCGGACUCGCCGUCGAGCUCGAGCGCGUCGUCGGCGAGCGAGCCCUCGGCGACCGAGAGCAGCGCGACGCCGUCCGCGAGCGCUCAAGCCGGCGAGGGCGAGGGCGACGCGGACGAGGGCCUCGCGGGCUUCUUCCACGGGCUCGGGCUGCGCCGUGUGCGCCGCGCCGAGGCGGGCAAGGCGCGCCUCGACAACUGAGCGCCGCGCCGAGUCGAGGAGAGAGGGGGUGCGCCGCAGCUGGGCUGCGUGCGCCUCUAGCGAGCGGCGCGAGCGUCGGGGUUGACCUCCUUCCUCGCCGCCUCGCUCCCUCUUCCUGCCCUCCCUUUCUCUCCUCCGUCCCUUUAGACCCUUCUCGUCGUCCGUGACCCCACUCCCAACGCCGUGCCGUACAUAUCCUGGCCUCCUCUUUCUCGACCUUCUCGCGCGCCGAGCGCAACACAGACAAUUUUUCGGUCGCC